GAAAUCAGUGUAGUAUUUUCCACAUUGAGCUGCAACGAUCGUAAUAAUUAGAAAUACAAAUGGAAAUACAUAAUACGUUUCUCAUUAUUUUUAAAACUUUCUUGCUAAAUCUUCUGAUAUUUGAAUCAGUGAAAGCUGAAAUUGAGCCAAUUGUAUGUAGUGGAUCUGGAAGGUUUGCUUUAAAUGAUAUCAGUUGUCAAUACUACUACGAGUGUUUUGAGGAUCUACCUACCAUAUUCAAAUGUCCCGAUGACACAGUAUUCGAUCAUAUUAGAAAAACAUGUGUAUUGCCAACAGAAUAUGCUUGCGAUAUGCUUCCAAAGACGACAACCAAUCCAUAUAAGUGUUUAACUUCAGGUCGAUUCCCUAUCGACGAUCCAACUUGUCAAAAAUAUUACUUGUGUUACUGGAGUGCAAAAGGAUAUCUAAAGAAAAUAUUAAAAUGUCCAAAUCAGACAAUUUUCGAUCCUAUAAGAAAAUUAUGUGUUUUGCGCACAACUUAUACUUGCAGUGAAUCUACUACUAAAUUAAAUUGAAAUAUUAUUUCAGAAAAUAAUUUCAAUAUAUAAUAUAAUAUAUAAUACAAUAUAUGUUGAUUUUAAAAAUAUAAUUGAAUUUGAAAAGUUUAAUCACAAUAAAUUAUCACCCAUCAAUAUCUUGCCAUCA